GCACACCAUUUGACCCCAAAACCAUUUUUCUUCAUUUUCACAGCUACAGAGGAAAAGGAUAGAGCUCCCCUGCCAUGGCGAUGAAGAAUUUCACCAUUUUCUUCGUCGCUCUUCUCCUCCUCGCUUCUCCUCUUCUCCAAGUUGUUAGGUGUCAAUCUGAGUCGGAGGCAGAAAUUGUAGAAGGAGGUGAUAUUGGGCUUGUUGGUGAGGAGGUUCAGGAUUUUGGUGAUGGGAACUUCGCUCCAGCAUCUGGAAUUGAUACAAUCUGUGUUUUCCCCAAAAACAGCGCAAAAUUGGUUAAUGCUGGUGAAGAGACUGAGCUGCUUGUUGGGAUGAAAAAUGAUGGUGAGUCAACUGUGAAUGUCAUCGCAAUUAAAGCUACUCUACAUCUUCCUUUUGAUCAUCGACUACUAGUUCAAAAUCUUUCCACACAGGGCUUUAACAAUGCAUCUGUGCCUGCUUCAGCUCAGGCUACUUUCCCAUACAUAUUUGCUGUGAGCAAAUAUUUACAGCCUGGAACUUUUGAUCUUGUGGGCACCAUAGUUUAUGAGAUUGAUCAGUACCCAUUCCAGAGCACCUUCUAUAAUGGUACCAUUGAAGUUGUUGAGUCUGGUGGUUUCCUUAGCGUUGAGUCUGUUUUUCUUGUUACCCUUGGGCUUGCACUUCUUUUUCUCCUGGGAUUAUGGCUUCAUGGUCAAUUUCAACGUAUUUCCAAGAAAAACAAGAAGGCUCCAAAGGUGGAAGUUGGAACUCGAUCUACUGAUGCAUCAAUGGAUGAAUGGCUUCAGGGAACUGCAUACACUCAGUCACUGUCCAACAAAUCAAAGAAGAAGAAGUAGAUAUGCAUUCUUCCUCAAUUUCGCUGCAUCAGGCAAACAUUAGUGAAGUGCAUCCCUUCUGUAACUCACAUCUAGGAGUUUCCAAAUUUACACGAGCUUAUAGGUAGUUUUCAAAAUUAGGCCCAGAAAAAGACGUGUCAGAAUUUUAACGGUUUCCAGGGAUACUGAAUUUUAGAGCUUUUUGGAACCAAAUCUAACUGUUGGUUUUAAGUGGAAAGGUACAAUUUUGUUAAACCUUGGCUAUGCUAUUUAUCUGUUCCAAAUUGUUAUCUUUCAAGGCACCUAGUGUUCGCCGCUCAUAUGUGAUGCC